AGUCGAGACGAUAGGAGGUACAGCAGUGUGUCUGUGGGACUUCUGUCUGUGCUGCCAACCUGCCCGCCUCACAUCACCACCGCCCACCACAGCACAAGCCAGGAAACAAGUCCCACUCUGCGCCCUGAGCCCGGCACAGAUUUAAGAGCUCCACCGUCUCUCAUCAGCACGCCCCGACUGUGUGUGGAGCAGUCCAAGUUAGCUGCUUUAUACUGCGUUACGCUCACUGCGACUGUCCAUCCGAAAAAAAUGGCAACCCAGAUUGACAAAGAAGCAUGCAGAGAAGCUUACAAUGAUGUCCGGGACGACAAUACAGAAACCAACUGGGUUGUGUUUACAUACGAGGGCUCUAAUAUUGUGCCUGGAGGACAAGGAGUUGACUAUGAAGAGUUCAAGAAAAUGUGCACAGAUGAUGCGAGACUUUUUGGGUUCCUCAGAAUCACGACAGGUGACGCCAUGAGCAAACGAGCCAAAUUCACACUCAUCACCUGGAUUGGCGAGAACGUUAAUGGACUGCAGCGAGCCAAAGUCAGCACAGACAAGACAUUGGUCAAGGAGAUAGUCCAGACCUAUGCCAAGGAGUUCUUGAUUAGUGACUCAAAAGAGCUGGAGGAGGACUAUAUCCGUGAUGAGCUGAAGAAGGCAGGGGGGGCUAACUACGAUGCUCAGGCCGAGUAGACCCCGCAGCAUUGCAGGGGUCUGGGGUCUAAGGGGGAGUAAGGGGCGUGGGAGGGGAGUGUCAGUGCUGCUACCUCUGGGUGAGAGGGAAAGGCAAGAGGGAGGGUACACUCCACGAAUAUUAGGCACUUUACUGGGAAGUAAAGAUGAAUGUUACCUGUUCUGUUACAAGGACACAGGUGCUCCAAAACUAGAGGUAACCUUUGUUACAGCCACAUUUCACAGUUUUGGAUCAUUUGCAAAGGAGAUACACAGAGAAUAUGAAAGUAUGAUGGACAGCUUUUUAAAACUAUAGGUCUGGUCACCACUGAGUGAUGCUGAUUAUGAAAAAAAUCUAUUGCAAAAUUAAAUAAUCAUCACAGCAUCAAUCUGCAGUUUUCACUCAGCAAAACCACAGAUUAUAUAAAGGCUAACAAAGUCCAGAAAGGCCAAAGCUGCAGCUGGUGGAUUUUUAAGAUGAUUAUUCUGUUCAUUAUACCAGCUUGUUUAAGUUUUAUUCAAUGGGUUACAGUUGGACAUUAUAUAAUAUUGUAAAAUAUUUUAUAAUAACACAAUGUAGCUUAACCAACCUAAAAAACAGAUAAAGCAUAUUAUUGAUGCAAGAGUGGUUUGCAGUGUGUCCCUGCCCUGCCUCCUCUUGACCAGCUCGAGUAUGCACAUGGGUAUGUCAUCUCAAAUACAUCUUCGCCUCUGCGUCAGUGGAGAAACUUGAGGUUCUACUAAGGCUUAGCACUGUUAGCUUCAACGAUCUUCUGAGGAUGUGGAACAUGUUUUUUUGAAAUGUUUGAAUGUUGUACUUCUUAAACAUCACUUGUGUGAGGUGAGCAUUUGGAAAAAGCUCUCCAUUGUAGCAUGUGUUUGACAACACAACAUGCACUGAGUCAAAGACACUGUGCCUCCAGGACCAUCAGGCCUCCAUUAAUCCAGAGGGAGCUGGCUUGAAUCAUGUUGUAGCUGUGAGAAAUUGCUUAAUUUUGUACCUGUGAUCUCAGACUUGACAUACAUAGACUUCCUCUCGGCAGCUGUCGGCUCUUUUCUCUGACUAAUGCAGGUCUUAUAGUCCUGGACUUUCAUCUCAGUCUUAAGGUAUCCAUGCAUACUGUAAUUUACUGUGUUUGCUGCCUUAGUCUCUCAUGGAGAGGGGCUUGAUGGGAGUUUGUGGAGGCUACACUGUGAUUAGCUGCCCUCCUUCCACACAAAAGGGGCGGCUUUCUGGUGGUAGUAUCUCUUUGCAUUUGAUCCAGACCCUGUCUCUACAUGUACCUGAAAUAUGAAUUUAGGACUUGUUGUAAUUUUUAAUAAAUCUGUAAAAUUAA